AAUUGCUUAUUCCUGCGACAGUUGUCCUCCCCUAUAGAUUACCCCUCUCGUCGCUCCUCCAAUCUUUUCAAGCGACCUGGAGUUCGAUUUCCAGCCAGAGAAGGGUCUCCUAUCCUUUUAACUGAAGGCCAUAACCCUAAUUCAUGGCUCACUCUCUCUAGGCACAACAACCGCUAGUCUCUGAUGACCUAGGGCGCACAAGUGUAAUGCGUGGUUCAAUGGAGGUUCAUUUCUGGGCUUGGAGCACAGUUCAAGAAUGAAGGAUCUGAUUUCUGGUUUGCGUGGUUUGGGUUUGGGCUUUGAGUUGGGGCUGACUCCACAAUGUCGAGGCACGCAGCUUCGUCACACUUUCACAAGUCGAAGACGCUGAAUGACAAAUAUAUGCUUGGAGAUGAGAUAGGGAAGGGAGCUUAUGGCCGCGUGUACAAGGGUCUUGACCUGGAAAAUGGUGAUUUUGUUGCCAUUAAACAAGUUUCAUUGGAGAAUAUAGCUCAGGAGGAUCUUAACAUUAUCAUGCAAGAAAUUGAUCUCCUGAAGAAUUUGAACCACAAAAACAUUGUGAAAUAUCUUGGAUCUUUCAAGACAAAGACUCACUUGUAUAUCAUUCUUGAGUAUGUUGAGAAUGGCUCACUUGCGAGCAUCAUCAAGCCAAACAAAUUUGGCCCUUUCCCUGAAUCUCUCGUGGCUGUUUAUAUUGCCCAGGUCUUGGAGGGUUUGGUGUAUCUACAUGAACAAGGUGUAAUUCAUCGAGACAUCAAGGGUGCAAAUAUCUUGUCGACAAAAGAGGGUCUUGUCAAGCUCGCUGAUUUUGGAGUUGCAACUAAGCUUACAGAAGCUGAUGUUAACACUCAUUCUGUUGUUGGGACACCAUAUUGGAUGGCGCCUGAGGUGAUUGAAAUGUCUGGGGUCAGUGCUGCAUCAGAUAUCUGGAGUGUUGGCUGCACGGUGAUUGAGCUUCUCACUUGUGUUCCCCCAUAUUAUGAUCUCCAGCCUAUGCCGGCCCUUUUCAGGAUCGUUUCGGAUGAGCAACCUCCUAUACCAGAUCGUCUCUCUCCAGGCAUUACUGAUUUCCUUCAUCAAUGCUUUCGGAAGGAUGCAAUGCAGAGACCUGAUGCAAAGAAAUUACUGAUGCAUCCUUGGAUACGGAAUUCAAGGCGUGCAUUGCAUUCAUCGCUUCAGAGGACUGGUGCAAGAAUAAGGAGCAUACCGCAGGAUGUUUCGACAGUUGUAAGGACAAUUGAAGAUGGCGACAAGGGUGACGAAGAUUCAGGAGAACGGAAAUUAAAGAAAGAAGAUAUAGACACUGAAGGUCAUCCAAAUGGAAUGUCUCAGAUUGAAGUUGUUCAAUUUGGGGGUUCAUUUCAGCAUCAAAACGAAAAAGCUGAGGGUUCUUACAGUCUUCAUGAGGCAGAUUCUAAGUUGAGCGCUGGUGAUGCAAAAGAUGACCUACUUCCUGACCAAGACUCAUCAGCCACUUUCCUUGAAAACACUUCUACAAAAUCCAGUUCUGGCAGGAUGUCAUCUAAAGGUGAAGAAGCUCUUAUAUAUGCUGCAGAUUCCACAGAGCCAAGCUUAAGAAGCCCCGUAAAUCUGAAUGAAGGGUUGCUGAAUGAUAUGGUUUCUCCAGAGUCGAAAAGAAAAAAUGUUGCUACUCUUCAUGAGUUGCCUGAGAAUGGAAGAGCUAUUGGACCUGUAGGUAAUGGAAGUGCUAUACAUGGCGAUAACAAUAUUUUUGGCUUUGAACAGAGGGUUCAAGAACCUCGUUUUCAAAAGGCUUCUAAAUCAUCAGUCUUAUCUGGAGUGAAUGAACUUGGUAGGUUCAGUGAUACACCGGCGGAUUCUUCCUUGGAUGAUUUAUUUCAGGAGCCUAUGGACAGGAUUCCAGAGGACCAUGCAGCAGAAGCCUCAACUUCUGCACCAUCUUCACAUUUAGGUCAAAAUAAUCUACAGUUUUAUGAUGCUAGUAAAAAUGAUCUGGCCGCUAAGCUUAAGGCCAAAAUGGCUCAGAAGAGAAAAGACAAUGAAAUUGGGCAGAGAAAUGGAGGGGACUUGUUGACACUUAUGAUGGGCGUUUUCAGAGAGGAUGAAAUUGGCAUUGAUGGGUUGGGCUUUGAAGACAGAAUUCCUGGAGAAAACCUUUUCCCCAUACAGGCCAUUGAAUUCAGCAAAUUAGUCGGUUCGCUAAAACCAGAGGAACCUGAAGAUGUGAUUGUCUCUGCUUGCCAAAAGCUUCUUGUGUUGUUUCACGAACAUCCAGAGCAGAAGAUAGUUUUUAUCAGCCAACAUGGCUUACUUCCCUUAAUGGAGCUGCUUGAUCUUCCCAAAAAUCGUGUUAUAUGUUCUGCCCUGCAAAUUGUAAAUCAGAUUAUUAAGGACAACACUGAUUUCCAAGAAAAUGCUUGUCUAGUUGGCCUUAUCCCUGUAGUUAUGAACUUUGCAGUGCCUGAACGUCCUCGUGAAGUUCGUAUGCAAGCAGCUUAUUUCUUGCAGCAGCUUUGUCAGACCAGUUCAUUGACACUGCAAAUGUUUAUAGCAUGUCGUGGAAUACCUGUUUUGGUGGGAUUUCUAGAAGCUGACUAUGCAAAAUACAGGGAAAUGGUACAUCUUGCUAUUGAUGCCAUGUGGCAGGUUUUCAAGCUUCAAUGUUCAACGCCAAGAAAUGAUUUUUGUCGAAUAUCUGCUAAAAAUGGCAUACUUAUUCGACUCGUAAACACCCUACAUAGCUUGAAUGAGGCCACUCGACUGGCUUCUACCCCUGGAGGAAAUGGUUCUCUUGCAACUGAUGGUCCAGCUCCUCGACCACGUUCUGGUCCCCUGGAUGCUAGCUGUCCUGUUUCUCUGUAUCCUGAACUGCCAGCUCCACGUGAUCUACUUGAACCACCUAAGUCUAGAAUUCCACUAUCAAUUGCAGCUGCAGAGCCAUCAAGAGCCUCGACAUCACAACCCCAUCGAUCAGAUGCAAACCAACCUGAAUCUAGGCUCAUCUCCGGAGAUAUGGAGAAGCCUCGGUCGGCAUAUAGUUUAUCUGAAUCUGGGCUGCUAUCUAAGACAUCAGAUCCCUCAUUUCUUGAGAGUGUUGGAUCUUCAACUACCAAAGAACCCAUACCUCUCUUGUCCAAGGAGAGAGAAGCAUUUGAAUUGAGGAAGUCAGAAGCGUCCCGAAGUGCAGAAAAUGCCUUACUCAGGCAGCAGCGUGGCCCUAAUACUACCAAUAGGGUUUCCUUGGAUAUGCCCCACAAGCAGUUGGAUCCUCUUCGUACAUCAAAUGGAACUGUUGGGACUUCUAGUGCAUUACCAUCUCAGAAUGAGCAAGUUCAACCUCUCUUAAGUUUGUUAGAGAAGGAACCUCCCUCUAGGCAUGUCUCUGGUCAACUUGAGUAUAUACGUCACCUUUCGGGGGGUCUGGACAGACCUGAAAAUAUUUUGCCACUUUUGCAUGCUUCGACAGAAAGGAAAACCAAUGGCGAGCUAGAGUUCCUGAUGGCAGCAUUUGCAGAGGUCUCUGCACAAGGUAGAGAAAAUGGAAAUCUUGAAUCCAUUUCGAGGUUGUCACCAAAAGCAUAUAACAGGGUUAACCCCCAGGCUUUGGCAUCAGUUGUUAAUGAAGGAGUUGCUUCGUCUUCUGGACUUGCAUCACAAACGGCUUCAGGUAUACUGUCUGGAUCUGGCGUGCUCAAUGCUCGAGCUGGUAGUGCUACGUCAUCAGGGCUGCUUGCACAAAUGGCAUCUACCUUGAAUGCAGAUGUUGCAAGGGAGUAUCUAGAAAAGGUGGCUGAUCUAUUACUUGAGUUUUCUCAAGCAGACACGGCAGUGAAGUCUUACAUGUGUAGCCAAAGCUUGCUGAAUCGUCUCUUUCAGAUGCUCAAAAAGAUAGAGCUUCCCAUUCUUUUAAAGAUCCUAAAGUGUAUCAGUAAUUUGUCUACUGAUCCGAACUGCUUGGAGAACCUUCAGCGGGCAGAUGCAAUCAAGCAUCUGAUUCCAAACCUUGAGCUCCAUGAAGGGCCUCUUGUUGCUCAAAUACAUACUGAAGUUCUUAAUGCACUGUACAAUCUCUGCAAAAUCAACAAGAGGAGACAAGAGCAAGCAGCUGAAAAUGGCAUUAUUCCACACUUGAUGCGUUUCAUUAUCUCAAACUCACCAUUGAAGCAAUAUGCCUUGCCUCUUCUAUGUGACAUGGCUCAUGCUUCUCGAAACUCAAGAGAGCAACUAAGGGCUCAUGGUGGCUUGGAUGUAUACUUGAGUUUAUUGGAUGAUGAAAUGUGGUCUGUGACUGCCCUAGAUUCUCUUGCUGUUUGCCUUGCACACGAUAAUGAUCACAAGAAGGUGGAGCAAGCAUUGCUUAAGAAGGAAGCAGUUCAGAAAUUGGUCAAGUUUUUCCAAUGUUGUCCAGAACCAUCUUUUGUGCACAUAUUGGAACCCUUCUUGAAAGUCAUUACGAAAUCUUCCAGAAUCAAUACAACAUUGGCUGUUAAUGGGUUGACACCUCUGCUUAUUGCAAGACUUGACCAUCAGGAUGCUAUUGCUCGUCUGAAUCUUCUCAAGCUCAUCAAGGCUGUGUACGAGCACCACCCUCGCCCGAAGCAACUCAUAGUGGAGAAUGAUCUGCCUCAGAAACUUCAGAAUCUGAUUGAAGAACGCAGAGAUGGAGAACGCUCUGGGGGUCAAGUCUUGGUCAAACAGAUGGCUACAGCUCUUCUCAAAGCUCUCCACAUAAAUACUGUGCUAUAGAUAAAGGUCUCUCUCUCUCUCUCUCUCUCUCUCUCUCUCUCUAUCUAUCGCUCUUCCCACUUGUAAAAUCUAUUUCUCAAGAAAACUGUAAUUAUUUCCUUUUUGUUCAUUUGCUUCUUGUUUUCUGGUUUAAGGAGAAGACUAACAUGUCCUUGAGGUUUUUUUCUUCUGACAUGGACAUGCUGUGUAGGGGCUGGCUUUUUUUUUGCCUGGCCCUUACGGUAGUCCUAUAUGCUUUCUCCAUUGUGGUUGUUUUGAUAUUGAUUUUCAUAUAUUGGCUGUUGUUUGUGGAUUCUGGUUCACUUGAGUUUGGAAAUGAGAUGGAUGCUUGCCUCUA